AUGGUCUCGUCUCAACAGCACGCUCAACGGACACCUACUUGCACCUAUACCACCGGGGGCACUGCUUGGAAGAAAUACGACUUCCACACUGAGAACCCAAUCUCAGUGAUUUAUGACCAAUACCCCAACUGGACUUGUCUUCCUGAUGCGGAUUAUCCAUGUAGCGGUGCUGGAUACCCUGCCUACGUGAUCAAUGUCACCAAGGCUGACCAUGUCAAGAUUGGUGUUGACUUUGCCCGAAAGCAUAACAUUAGGCUCAUCGUCAAGAAUACCGGCCACGACUACAUGGGUCGCUCAGUUGCACCAGGCUCUCUAUCACUAUGGACCCAUCAUCUCAAAGACCUGACUUAUCACAAUGGACAAUUCAAACUUUACAACUCAAAGAUCACCAUCAACGGUGAUGCUGUGACUGCCGGAGCUGGAGCGCAGAUGUACGACAUUUACACCUAUUUAGAUAAAUAUGGCCGCGUUGUUGUUGGCGGCGGUGGAAAAUCAGUUGGUCUUGGAGGAUAUGUCACUGGCGGAGGCCACUCACUCUUGUCGCCGAGGUAUGGUCUUGCUGUUGAUCAAGUUCUACAGAUGACUAUUGUGACUCCCAGUGGAAAGGUUCUGACCAUUAAUGAGAACAAUCAUCAGGGUCUCUUCUGGGCUAUGAGAGGAGGCGGUGGUUCAACCUUUGGUGUUAUCAUCUCAGUGACUCUCAAGGUCUACAAAACGCCAAAGAUCUCUGCAUCAGCUUGGACAGUUGGAACAUCUGCUGAAGCACCUUUCAAGUAUGAGAUGCUCGCCUACGUUCUUUCCCAGUUCCCAUCUCUCGCAGAUGCAGGUCUAUCUGGAUAUGCAUCUCUCAGCCCACGCAUUGCCAACCCAUCUCCUGCUCCAGGAGCACCGGAGGAAGUCGCUGGGAUAUCGGGCAUCUUUGCCGCACAAGACGAGCAAGAUCCCCAUUAUAUCCAAAAGCUCAUCAAACCCCUCAAUGAAACCCUCCAGAAGCGUUGGCCAGGCUUGGUCCAGUUCACUGCCAAGUCGGAGAGCUACUCUUCAUUCUUAAAGUGGUACGAUAUCUACUUUGACCAAGGUCCUGCUGGAGAAACAAAUUAUAUCGUCUCCAGACUUUUGACUAAGGAUUCCCUCGAGGGAGAUCAAUCCAAGUUGGGUUAUGCACUUGAACAAGGUUGUUUGCCAUCUGGUGGCAUGAUUGCUCAUUUGAUUUCGGGGAAAGGAGUACACAAUGCGAAGCCCAGAGGAGGAAGUGUUGCAGCAAACCCUGGUUGGAGAGAGACUUAUGUCCACGCACUUGCCGGGCAUACUUUCGAGCCCUUCAACCGAACCUCCGAGACACAAGCUAUUCAGAGCUUGAUCAAAACCUGGGAGCCAUUCCGUGAAUUAUCGCCAAAGGCAGGCGCUUACAUUAAUGAGGCACUUCCUUUCGAACAAGACUGGCAGCAUGCUUUCUGGGGCGACAACUACGAGAGACUCCUUUCCAUCAAGAGAGAAGCUGAUCCAGAUGAUGUAUUGUGGUGCUACCCUUGUGUCGGAAGUGAAAAGUGGAAACAGAAAUCCAAUGGUCGCCUUUGUAAAGUGGCUUAA